AUGACGAAUCCAAACAAAAUUGUCAAACGUCAAAGCGGACGAGACUCCAAAGGUCCAGGUGGCGCUCUCUGCAAGACUUGCACGCCAUGUCGACAAAAGAAAGUCCGUUGCGACGGCACGCGCCCGCAAUGUGUUGAAUGCAGCACCAACAGUCUACCAUGCGUAUACCCUCACGAUGCCCGACGAGAACCCAGACCCUCCCGCGCUCGCGUCCAGAGCCUCGAGGCCACAGUCGCCGCCAUGCUCGACCACAUGAAAGCCGCCGGUAUCCUUUCGUCCGAGAUGCAGUCGGCUUGGACGGCUGAGCUCAUGGAUGCCGACCACCCGUCUCGCGCCUCGCAGGAUUAUACAACACAUGGAUUGAGUCGCCUUGCUUCGACUGCUGCGAUUGCGAGUCCUCUUCCGACUCCUACAGCGUCUACCGUUGCGCAGGAAAUUGGCGUUAGUUUCUUGUCUUCGCCGCCGCGAAGUAGCGUUGGUCCGACGGACGGAGAAACGAAACCGAGACUUGAUAGCUUCAAUACGAUCCUCUCAAGAGCGAGCGCAACACAACUUGAUUCUGCCGAACUUGCGCCCGUGAAAUCUGUUCCUCGACCUAUAAGUAACGAUGGCAAUGGAGACGGUACGGGAUUGUCGCCGAGUGAAGCCCGAGUCGCUGGUGUUUUCCACGAGAACGGCUAUGUGUCGGCAGUCCACGGUCUCGCCAGUAUCAUGAACCCUACGUCCCGCGCGCAACAUCGAGAAAAUAUCAACAAGAUGACCCGAAAAGGCGACGAUGCUAUAUCAGCCUCCAAAGCUCGGCUUAUCAGCAAUGCUGCGCUUCAACGGCAGCGAGAAGCGCGCAUGUUUCGAAACCCAAGAGACUUGAUGGAUCUGGACGGAGUAGACCCCGAACUUGCCAAGCAUCUUCUUGACUUGCACUUCAACCGACAACAUUACGCUUACCUCAUCUCAUACCGACCUGCUAUCAUGGACAGUCUUGCCAGCGGUGGCGGUCCUUUCGCCAAUAAACUCCUUCUCAAUGCCAUUUUUUACUCGACGUCCCUCUACAGCGAUCGCCCAUGUCUUCGCGCUGAUCCUGACGAUCCUCAAAGUGUCGGCAGGCGCUUCUACGAUCGAUUCCGUGAGCUUUUGAUAGAUGAACUCGACAAGCCCAGCAUUCCUUCUGCUCUUGCUCUACUACUCACAAGUGUAUCUUUGGUAUCACAAGGCAAGCCAAGUGCGGGAUGGAGUUUAUCAGGAACAGCGCAUCGUAUGAUUAUUGAUCUAGGAUGCCAUUUGAUGCUCGGUCCCGAUUAUGAGAGUACUGGUGGUGUCAAUGAGCAGCGCGUGCUGAGGACAGAUUUGGAGCAGGAGAUGCGCAAACGUCUCUACUGGGCUGCCUUCACAACGGAUGCUACUCAGGCCUUGUAUCUUGGACGGCCUUGUAUGUUCGCUUCAGCUCAGGCCAGAGUGCCCCUGCAACUACUUGAUACCUUUGAAGAGCUGGAAGAGUGGGAACCUUAUAUCGAUCCUAAAUCACCAGGUUCAGCUCCUCCGCCGUAUGGUCGCCAACCAGCUCACGCGGUGUCAACAUUCAGCAGUCUAGUGCGCCUAUUGCAGAUUUCUACGAGAAUCAACGACCUCUAUGGAAUUCAGUGUGUCAAGUACACAACCGAGUAUCUUUUGAACAAGAAGGAAUCCAUCGAGAGGGAGUUUGAGAAGUGGCAGAGCAGUCUCCCCAGUCACCUGCGCUUUGAUCCCGACGACACCACCACCGUCACACCUCCUCCCCAUCAAAUCACCCCACAUACGACAUUCCACGCUCUCACCAUUCUGCUACACCGUGCUUUCCUCGAGGAAGGUCAUCUCAGACGCCACACUGACGAAGCCAUGAAGCGAAAGGGUGAAGAAGCUUGCAUCCAAAGCGCAUUGAUGAUCCAAAAAGUCGUCCGACGAUAUCGCGAGUCCUUCACUCUCCGUCGCGCACCAUUCUUGCUCUCCUAUGCGGUCUAUUCUGCCGUUAUCGUCAUUCUUCGCCAGGAGCGACACGAACGAGGUCAAUUUAUAGAGCCCAUUUCUUUCUUCUGGACAUGUCUCAGCGAAUUGCAAGUCGGCUGCAACUUUGGUCUUAAGAAGCCCCUCAGUGUUCUGCAGGACAUGGUUCGCGAGUUCCAGACUAGUAUCAAGGAAAGCGGCACUUCUGGUACAGAACAACCUCAUCCAGCUGGCCUUGACGAGAGUUUCUUCUUCCCACUCGCCAUGGCACCUUCAACAAAUACGAUGGCGCCCAACACAUCUACGCCAACGGGCGCUUACAUGUCCGCCACUGCAUCAGAUUACAUCCCGAACAUGGACCACUUUGAUCCCGCGUUUGGUCACUCGCCAGGCCUUCUUGACUUUUUGAAUGAUCAGGAGAAGGAUAUAUCGCAGGAUGCACUAUACGGUCUGUUCGCGCCGUCGCAGCCUUUCCCGUGA